CCAAAUCCAAACAGCCUCUUAAUUUCUCCACCAAAGGAGGAAAUCGGCACCUUAUUCUCGUAUUUUCUUACUGUCCACCCGAAGCCUUGCGCCCUGCCAGUGAACCCGGAGCAAAUCCUUCACCACCACACCAACCGCCACGUUCUUCUUCGAAGACGCCGCCGCCUUCCAAGUACUCCAUAGACGAUAUUUCUGUCUACGCACGGCCAAGCACAACAAACUCUAGCUGUCACAGCCCAGCCAAGCGACCCACCGUCGUAUUUUCUUACUGUCCAAUCUCCUCCAAUCUUGAAGUAAGGGUUCCUAUGGCGACCAUAAGAAAUCUGAAAAUCAAGUCAGGGACUUGUAAACGAAUUAUUAAGGAGUUGCAUUCAUAUGAGAAAGAGGUUGAGAGAGAAGCUGCCAAAACAGCAGACAUGAAAGAAAAAGGAGCCGACCCUUAUGACCUUAAGCAACAGGAGAAUGUGCUUGCUGAGUCAAGGAUGAUGAUUCCUGAUUGUCGCAAGCGCCUAGAGGCCUCAUUAACUGACCUGAAAGGAACUUUGGCCGAGCUUGAGGAGUCAAACCAAAAGGAUGCCCCAGAAAUCCUGGAAGCACAAAGCACUCUAGCGGAGGUUGAGCAGUUGUUUCACACAACUGAAGCUUAAUGUUGUUGGGGGGCUUUCAUCAGUAGUGGCAGUCAGUGAAGGGAGUUUGAGUCUGUUUUCGUUUGCUUUCAUCCGAAGUUGUUCCCUCUUCGUUCCUUUCAUGGGGGCUAAGAGUGAGAUAAGAUAACAAUGGAAACAACUGGUGAACAAAAACAAUUGCGCCGAAUACUUACCUGGAGCCAUUAGGUUGUUUGUGUGAUGUUUAAUUUUAGAUAUCAAUACGCUGUUUUACUUGAUA